CAUCCUCCACCCAUGGGAAUAACCAUGAAGGUGCACCAGCUACCACUACCACGUGCAUUCUGGGAGCAGCACGAACCCUCCCUCACCCUUGACGGCGGCUGCAAGCACUUACGCCCUCUCGCCCCCAAGCUGGCUUCGCCCGACACAGUCUCCUCCUUCGAUAUUAAGAGCUUCAUUCGACCUGAAAGCCGCCCUAGAAAACUUGGCUCCCCCGACGGCAAGAAAGAUUCACCUCAGGCUCAGGUGGAAACGCAUCCAGGAGGUACGCGGUGGAAUCCAACGCAAGAGCAGAUAGGGAUUCUAGAGAUGUUGUAUAGAGAUGGAAUGCGAACACCUAACGCACAACAGAUAGAACAAAUCACUUCACAGCUAGGAAAGUACGGGAAGAUCGAAGGAAAGAACGUCUUCUACUGGUUCCAAAACCACAAAGCACGCGAGAGACAAAAGCAGAAGAGAAACAGCCUUGGUCUUACCCACUCUCCAAGAAACUCUACACCAGUUACAACCAUAUCCAUAUCCCUUGACACUAGGGGAGAAGUAAUGGAAAGAAAUGAGGAAAACAGUCCAUACAAAAGGAAGUGCAGGAGCUGGUCCUUCGAGUCCUUGGAAGAAGAAAGCUGCAGAUCGUCGUCUCCUAAAGAAGAUGAGCACAGAACACUGGAGCUGUUCCCAUUGCACCCAGAAGGCAGAUGAAGGGGGUUCAUAAAAAAAAAAAAAAAAGUAAACCAAUUUAAAACAAUUUGGUUCACAUACUUCUGAUCUGCUUUGCUGGAUGUUGUCCGUUUCUUUCUUUUGCUUCGGGAAAGAAGAAAGACAAAAGUUGUCUCUCUGUACUCUACUGCUUAUUAUUCCUGACUUGAAACCAAAGCGGUUUGGCGAUGCCAUUCUUCUUUAUGGUUUGUGUGUGAACCUUUUGACGACAUGAAACUGGUUGGGGCAAAGCUUUUAG